GCAAAUUGAUGAAAAUUACAGGCCCCAUUACAGUCAAGAUAUCCGGAACCCGAUUUGGAGCUUGGAUGACAGAUCCAUUAGCAUCAGAGAAAAAUAACCGAGUCUGGUACAUGGAUAGUUACACUAACAAUAAAAUUGUCCGUGAAUAUAAAUCCAUUGCAGACUUUGUCAGCGGGGCUGAGUCAAGGACAUACAACCUUCCAUUCAAAUGGGCAGGAACCAACCACGUUGUCUACAACGGCUCCCUCUAUUUCAACAAGUAUCAGAGCAACAUCAUCAUCAAAUACAGCUUUGACACUGGGCGGGUGCUUGCGCAGCGUAGCCUUGAGUAUGCUGGCUUUCACAAUGUCUACCCUUACACAUGGGGUGGCUUUUCUGAUAUUGACCUGAUGGCAGAUGAAAUUGGGCUAUGGGCUGUGUAUGCCACCAACCAGAAUGCAGGCAACAUUGUCAUCAGCCAGCUAAACCAGGAUACACUGGAGGUGCUGAAGAGCUGGAGCACAGGCUACCCAAAGAGAAGUGCUGGAGAAUCCUUCAUGAUCUGUGGCACCUUGUACGUAACUAACUCUCACUUAACAGGAGCCAAGGUCUACUAUUCGUACUCCACAAAAACCUCCACUUACGAGUAUACAGACAUUCCUUUCCAUAACCAGUAUUUUCAUAUAUCCAUGCUUGACUACAAUGCAAGAGAUAGAGCUCUCUAUGCCUGGAAUAACGGACAUCAAGUCCUCUUUAACGUCACCCUUUUCCAUGUCAUUAAAACUGAAGAUGACACAUAAUUUUAGUUCCCUUCCCUUUCCCUCACCUCCUUCCCUCAGAGCAGUGUCAUAUGUGAUAAACUCUAAAAGCAUCCGUCUCUCUCAGUUCCUUUUAAUUUAUAUUUCUUUUUUCAUUAAGGAAAAUCAACAUUUUCUACCAUAUAAUGCAUUUCAAAUAUGGCUGAGCCUGUCAAAAAAGACCUGUUGGAAAUAAAAGCAUCUUAAUUCAUGAUUCCACAAGGUCUGACAAGACCUUAUCUUGAAAAGCACUAAAGAGAAUUUAAGUGGCUAAAGACAGUUUUUAAAAGAUUAUGAUCUGCCUUAUUUUAGAGUCAGAGACUAAUGGUGGCUUAAAUGCAUGAAUGUGUUUUUUUACCUCAUUUUUGUUUCUAAUCUAUUGCUCAACAUCAGGAAAUAUUUUGGUAGCAUCAGACAUAUUGCACAUUGUAUUUUUUUUAUUUAUUCCAAAAGAAAUAUUUAAGAAUUUAAUUUACUUGGACAUGGAGUAUGAUUCAUUUGCCAUCAUCCAAUUUCAGAUGUGGUGCUGUAAAGUAUGUUUUUAAAUCUCUUGCAAACAUUUUAUUGACAGUAUGUAUUUCUACCAUUGUAACCACCAUUGUGCAAUUGUAUCUCUUCACUUAUGUGAAAGUAAACUAAGUACUAUUUUUUAUAAAAUAUAUUGAAGCUUAAUUGCA